AUGCUCCAGAAUGGAUUUGCGGCGGGACCGGAUUUCUUUGUUUCUCUGGGUGCUCGCAAUAAAAAUGAUGGUCGUGUUUAUAAAAUCAUUAGAGACAUAAAUCAUCCCGAUUACAAUGUUACGACAGAAAAUAAUGAUAUAGCUCUACUCGAGCUAAAUGAAACGAUUGUCUUUAAUGAGAAAAUAAAACCAGCCUGCCUGGCGACAUCGGAUGUUGCGGAUCACGAAACGCUAACCGUUUCCGGAUGGGGAUAUCUGAAAGACAGUUCCAAAAAGCUGCCUGAUGAGCUACAAAAGGCAGAAGUACGGGUCCUGGACAUUUCAGGCUGUUCCAAGGCAAACAAAAAAAUGCACAUUUGCGCCGGCGGAGUGAACAACAUAAGCGACGCCUGCCACGGAGAUUCCGGAGGACCACUGGCCAAGUGGCAUCCAAAGUGGGGCAGUUGCUUGGGUCAAGUAUUUGGGAUUGUAUCAAGUGGCGGAGUGUGUGGUUCCGAACAUCCAAGAACAAAGUACACUAAUGUCUUUAACUACGUGGAGUGGAUUGAAAGCAUUGUUUGGAAAGAAAAUUAG